CACAGUAGUGUAUUAACAAAGCAUCGCGAGGCGCAGCCUCCUCAUGAAUUAGCGCGAUAUUUUAACGCAUCGAACGAUAGAUUCAUAAUUCACAGAAUUAGUGUCUUCUGGUGAGAACUUGGUGAUAUACGGCGGAUUAACAAUAUUUUCCGAAUUCAAACCAUACUGGUCAUGUACUGCCUGGCGGGACCAAUACUGUUUCUGCUGCUUCUUUAUAACGUUAGUACUACGAAACUACCAGUUCAUUUCCAAUUUUUGGCCAACGAACUUCCAAUGCGAUGCGAAAGUGUAAACAACGAUACCACAAACAUCCAUUGUUAUGGAAAUACACUUACAGAAAUCCCCAAUAAUCUCUCUAGAAGCAUGUCAAAGCUGAGUGUCACGGAUUGUCCGAUAACCUACAUUUCCAGAUAUUCUCUGGAUCCUUAUAGGGAUGAGUUAAUGGAUAUAACUCUGUCUAAUUUACCCUACCUUCGAGUCGUUGAAGAUGGAACGUUUGCAAAUAUGCCGAACUUGAGAACUUUAUACAUAUCCUAUGCUCCACAAAUAAUGUUUUUACAUGGUUUACUGAAAGGCGUUACUUCAAAUUCAUUUUCUUCAUUGUAAGUAACUGGAUAUCAAUAAUUAAUAAAUAAAAUAUGUGUGACAUUUUAAAAUUUUUUAUCAAAAUUGAGUUGUACAGAAUAGUAGUUUUACCUAUUUUUUGUCGGCAACAUGAAACUGUAGUAGCCUUUAGAAAGGAAUAGGUAUCAUUCCUACCUAUGAUUUGAUAUUGGCGCAUUUUUAUUGGUUGAGUUGUUUGGAAGUACCAUCUGCACCGAUACAGCACCAUAUCGUUGUUGACGCCUAUACAAGUGUAGGCACUAUUUUGAAAAAUUAAUAGAUAUCCAGGAAACAGGGAAUUUGGAACAAAAUUGACAAACAACAAUUUGUUGUGAGUGAAAAAAAAUAUUAAAAAAAUUAGCUUCACAGACAUUUAGUAACAUCUUAGCAAUAAAUAGUUAUAUUAGUGAAUUCUCCAUAAAAUUACAUUUUCAAUGAUCAUACUUGGUAUUUAAAUUGUAUUGGUUAGAGUGACGGAAGGGAGAUGAAUGACGUAUGAUAGUUGAAAACAUAGGGUGACGCGAUCAGGUGGUUAAAAGCGGCAUCAGUCCGCCAUAUUGAUGCGACACUUGCGUCAAACAGCUGUAGCAUUGUUGUGAUUUCGUUGAUGUGAU